AUGCCAACCGAUGACCUACCAGCAUUUGACAGCCGUAUGUUUGAAAGCGCAAAAAUUCAACCAUUUUUAAAACGGCGAUCAAACCAUUUUUAAAACGGCGCAAAGAUACGGGUUUAAUUCUCUUUACUUCGACGAGAUCAGCUUGGAGAUUGUCAAUGAUUAGGCCUACGUUCAUACGUGAGACCCCUUCUGAAACCACAAUCUGAAUAUUUGCUUUUAAAUCAAAGCGGUAGUCAAUUUCAGAAGCUCACUGAGUUACUUAGCGUUCUUGUGUUUGAAGUGAUUGGCAAGUACAUUCACCCGACGAGGUACAGGCAGAUUAUCGAAACGGAGAGCGUAAACAAUUUAGAUUUGGAAGAACAACAAUUGGCAUCCGAAGACCAAAAACAUAGCUCAAACGUGGCUAGAGUUCACUAUCAGAAGCUGCGGUCUCGGGAAGCAUCGUUAAAUGGAAGAUCAUGCAUGGAAAAACUGCGCGGCGACCAUGGCAGAGCAAUGGACACUUGCGUACAGCAAUUAAGACAGCAAGUGUUAUGUAUUCAGUUAAUUGUUAGAGAUCAGCGUUGCAUGCGAUUAAAGAUGGCGCCCGUAUGAAAUAUACAACAUGGUGUCAGGAAACGGGAUUUGUUUUAGUUUUAAGGAAUAAAAAUCGAAUUGAGUGAACAAAAGCAACAAAAAUGGCAGAAGGAUACCCAAGCACUUAUAAUUGGCCCGCCAUGAACUGGCAAGCGAAAGAUCUCGACAAAGAAUAGGAGCGAUUUUAUCAGCAUUGUGAAUUCGCUUUUGGAGGCCCGUUACGCAAGUGCACAGAGAAGGAAAAGAUUUGCAAUCUCAUGAGUUUUGUGGGAGACAAAGGCCGCGAAAUGCACCUUACGUUUCAAUGGAACACAAUUCACGUUGAAACGGGCGUAAAUACCCAACAAGCAAGUGAGAAAGAUAUUAUUGAUAAAGUUGCUGCAAAGUUCAAAGAACAAAUAGCAUCGAAGAAAAAUCCUAUUAUGGCAGCAGUUCAAUUUGACAGGAGGUGCCAAAAACAAGGAGAAACAUUUGACGAUUUUCUAACCGACCUGAAAUUAUUCGCUCGUGGCUUAGACAUUGAGGAAACAGUCAAACUAAUAAGAAAUGCUAUAACAUGCAAAUCUUUUUACGAAAGGGUAAAACAACGGUGUUUGGAAAAGAGUAAAAACUUAACAUUAGAAACAGCCAUAAAUAUAGGGAGAUUAUUUGAAGCUACCAAAGAUGAAAUGCAAGUAAUCACAGGGGAAGAUCCAAACGUGACGGUGCAUGGAGUAUCAACAGACGCAAGCACCAAAUCAGGUCAAAUACACCUAGAUCCACGGAAAAAGAGUCUACGACCCCCAUCGAAGUAUCAAAGAUGUGGUUAAAAUAGUCACAAACCACAAAAAAAAUGUCCAGCCAAGAACCAAACCUGCCGCAAGUGUGGAAAGAUGGGACACUUUGGUAGAGUGUGUAGAGGAGCAGAAAAGAAAAUACAUGCCAUGGGUAAAGAUUCCUACUCUAGUGAAGAAACGGACAGUUCUGAUGAUGAAUACCAGCAAGCCAAAAAUUUGCAUUUACUGCACCUCAAGAGCCUGAGGAUCCAUGAGGUUGGUAAUGAAAACGACAUGCCGAGAGAUAACAAGUGGUGGGAAACUGUUCAAGUCGGCCAUGGGAAAUUGCAAUGCCAACUGGAUACCGGUGCACAGGCUAGUGUCAUGACCGCUAAGCAGUUACAAAGUGUUGCUCCCGAUGUAGGGAUUAAGAAAACGCACAAGAGACUUUUGUCAUAUAGCCAACACCAGAUUGUGCCCAGAAGAUGCACCACACCAAAAGUGAAAAACAAGGAAAAAGAGAUUUAG